CGGCUGUCGACCUCUUAUACCCCGGCUUGUAGCUAGCAUCGACCUUUGCAGUUUUGGUUGGGCCUAAUAGGGAUGACAACAAACAAACGACGUCAUUUUCACGCCCGAUGUCAAAAGAACCCGUUAACAUGUCUGAUGGUUUGUGUUAUCCGGCCGACCACCAGUCGUCCGAACUAUCGCGACGCGACUUUGUGUUGGAAACAAAUUCCACGGGUCCCACCUGACCCUGAGUUGAGCUGAAAGCAGCUGCUUCUGCUCGCGCUAGCGACCACGACGCUGACAAAGUUGCCGAGCAAUCCGCACGCGAGAGGUACGCACGGUGCACUUGCAGCUCCGAUCCCCAUGGCUCUGCCACUUUUCCCCUCCUUGGUGCUAACCCCACCAAAGGAGGACAUGCCAACCUCCGAUGCUCGAUUCUACCGCUUACACACCCACCACGAACAAACAAACCACCACGAUCCUCCUUUUGUGAGGAAGUCGCCAGCGUCGCCCACCAUGCCUGGCCUUACAAUAUCCACAGAUUCGAUUUCUCCACGUACCUCGAACGCGCCGGCGCCAGCGACAGCUCCACCGCCAUCUACGUCUGUGGCCGACGCCGCGACACCUGCCACGACGUCCACGGCCGGCGCAACAAACCCUCCAGUGCACCAGACCCCUCCGCGCACCUCCCGCACCUCGUCCCCCGCCCGGCCCCCCGUCAGCCCCAUAACCCCGACCCUCCCCCCGGCCCGCUUGUCCGACCCCGUGGCACCCUUCGCCGUUGAUCGUCCGGUCCUUACUCACAUCUCCCAGCCGCCGACUGCGGCCGCUAUUCCCCCGCCGCGCCCGGACCCCAUCGACUUCGACUCCAAUCCGGAUGUCCUGGCCCUCAAAUCGGCCAUCUCCAUCCUGCAGAUGCAAUCGAGGAAGGCGACCGCCGAUAUCCAGGCGCUCAGUGCUGCAAAGAAUGCCGCCGUGGAGAACCCCACUGCCUUUCUCGCCGACCUCGGAGCAGGCAAGGUGCAUGCGCAAGGCGACAGGCUGUUCCCCGAGUCCGACUCCGAUUCGGACGAGGGGUCGGAGGGCAAGAAAGCUGGCCAGGAGGCUGGAGAGGGCAGCGCUAGGCAAGGGAAGGCACGGGCGCAGCCGCAGCCUUGGGAAACUUUGCCUAAACCCCAGAAUGUGGUGCGCUGUCCACCCAUUAACUGGUCACAAUAUGCUGUUGUCGGCGAGUCUCUCGACAAGAUUCACGCAGACCAAAUGGCGCGACCAAGUCAGGGCGCGCCGGCUACGUUGGGGCCAAAUGGGUCAUAUGAGUUCAAAGGGGAUUCUGGAGGCAAUCAGAGGCCCUUCAUAGGCGUUGCGGCUCCUUAUAAUCCUGGGAAGGACAAGAUCGACAAGAAGGCGAAGGGAGGCAAGCGGUAGCUGUGGUGAUGUCAUUUUGGCUAAGGGUGUCUUCGACUGCCCGCCCCUA